AUGAAAAACGGGGUGUUACUGAUUUAUAUCCUUCGAAAAAUUUGGCUUCCAUUUUCUGGUGGAGUUUAUGCACUGAGUGUUGUUCAUGCAAAAGGAAAGAAUGAAGUAGAAUGUGAUCCAAACAGAACACUUGUUAGGCCCUGUGAUCUCCCAUUAUAUGGUGACGAGAAACAAUGUUCACAUUGUGUUAAGAAGAAAGCUGCAUCUGAGCUUGCUGAAGAAAAAGGUGCACUGGAAGAGACCAUAACUUGUGCUAGAAAGGAAUUAUGGUUAUUAAUGGAUCAAGCAAAAGUUAUCAAGGGGGAAGUUGCUGAAGCUCUGAGUUAUGCAAUUGGAAGUGCAAAUGAGGGAUUACAAUUCCUUCGUAAAGAAGAAAACUUUGUUCCACGUAUGGGAGCGAUAGGUCUUGGUGGACUUACUGGCUUUGUAUAUGGCUUAAGAAAAGGAAUGUUUCGUCGAAUGCUUUACACAACUAUAGGAGCAGGUACAAUGGCGGCUUUGUGCUAUCCGCGUGAAGCACAGGAGUAUAGCAGGAUUGUUUAUGACCAAACUAGGAUGUAUACAAUGAUUGCGUACCAUUUCUUAAAUGGAGUGAGCCGGGAUUUGACGGGAUAUCAAUUGCCGCCCAUAUCGUUGGGUCACUUUCUCAUCAGCGAUUCUCCUCACCCUCCCCCUGAGGCCGUCCCAUCUGCUGAACAUCUACUCCCUCCUACAGUGACUCCUGUUCACAUUCCUCUUCCAGGGGAAGAUGAGGUGGUAAAACUCACAAAAAAUCAGAAACCUGAACAUCAUUAAAAAAAAUAAAUAAUGUACUUUCUGUAAUAAAAUUGAGAUUGAGAUGUUUGGUGCAUUGCGUUAAGUUUUAACUUGUAGUUUUAUUUAAUAUGAAGGUAGGGAAAAUGUGAUUUUUAUAUUAGCAAAUUAAUGUAAUUAUCAUGUUUAAGUAAUUUAUUGUUGAACUUUAUGAAUUUCUGUUUUUCAAAAUAUAAUAAUUUGAAACAAAAGAAGCUUGAUAAAAAAAAAAAAAAAA